GGUUGUAUCACUUCAUUCCGGCACCACAUUGAUUAAUAAUGUUGUUCUGCAAACAAGAAAUCGAAUCCUCCUGGAAAUUUCUAGUUGUUUGGAGUCAGUCCUGGCGGUAGUGUGGUUGGUGCUGCGUUGCAUGAGAAUCCAUUGUCAUUGGCUCACCCAAAGCGGGGAAAUCAGAAACUAACUUUUCUGUCUUUGUUUAAAUCCCAAAAUCCACAGUGAAAGAAAAAAAUGAGCCAGAGCCGCCUCUGUUCUCCUUCCAGUCAUCCACCGACCAUCAAAUAGUACAAACUCCGAAAAUCAUCAGAAGAAUUCAAAUACCACGUUCAAGCCAUUCCAUCGUCCACACCCUCCGUACCAAUAUCGCAUCAAUUCAUCGUCGCAAUAAAUCACAUCGUGUUCAAUCAAAUCGCACUUACAGCGCAGUUAAAUCAAUCCCAAUCCCGACUAACUGGUCCAAUUCUAUCCCCAAUCCGUUCACACCGCAAAGCUGGCAAUUUUCGAGAAAAAUGGCUCCAAGUAUGAAAAACAGUCAUAGUAGUAGUAAUUGUGGCGGCGAGGUAGUUAGCACUCAAGCCAACGUCCUCGCCAGCUGCUACAUCGUCGAUUCUUCCGCUCGUCUUUCUGGAUUCCAUUACUCCACUACCGGCGCUGGCGGUGGUAUCCCUGAGGUCCGCUCAGGGUCAAUAUCCCCUCCAUCAAGUCCCCCUCUUGCGGCCUUGACAUCUGCCAACGAAUUCGCAUUAAUUAAUCAUUCAAUGAAGAAUCGAGGCAGAGCUACAAGCCGCAAAGAGGGGGCAGCGUACGCCAUCCGGGAAGAGUGUGAGAGACUCUUUUGCGAGAACAUGAAAACCAUUUUUCUUGGUGAAGAAGAAAGUGCUAGUAGUGACUCAAACGUGAUGGGUGCGGACACGUAUUCAAGUCUUGACGAUGAUGUGGAUACGCAUGAUAAUUACUUUGGCAACGUCAAAUCCGGCCAUGCAAUCGAUGCUUGGGUCGAGAUUUGGGAUUAUACGGGGGGAUGCAGUUUCCGUGGAUUUGUUGGCGGAAAUGGUGAUGAGAAAACACUCUUUGCAUUCUUUGAUAAUUCAGUCAUUGGAAGGGAUUUGAAACAGGGACUUAUGGCACUGAUUGAACUUGCGGAUGAAGUAUUCGCAGUCUCCAAAGUGGUCAUUAAUGUUGAUCGAUCAAUUCCCGAAGAAGAUAAGUCAACGUUUCUCAAGAGUCUUCGUUGGGUUGGAUUCGAAUUGACCACCCUGGACAUGUGGUCGCAUCGACUGGAUACCACGAGUGAUAAAUGGUUAUUGAUGGGAUUGGAAGUUUAAGAUGGAUUUGAUGGACGAGAGGAAAUCGAUGCUCGGUGGACAGGAUGGAAUAUUUCUUUUAUAGGCGUACGGUUGUACGAGCACUUUUCUGCAAACACAAGUUGUUCAUUGCCGGGGUUCGAGGCGUGGUACUUGAUUGAUUUUGUCUUGAUAUUUGAUUUCAUGGGAAGUUUGGCUGAGUUGAAGGAGGGAAGGGAGGAAACAAGUACUUUCAUAAGUAGUCAUUCUCGUUCUGGAGUUUUCAUCUUAAUAUGAACAUGGAUAGGGUAAAUACUUUUUUAAUAAGUCUUUACCUUUUUUCCUUUUCGAUUCUACAUAGGUUGUUACAAUAUGAAUUUAUUGAUUUACUGGAUUUGAGAUUGAUGUAUAAAUUUCUUGGUGACUUGAUAAAUAACACA